GCCCUAAAGAUAUCACAUGUGUAAGACAGUGGACUAAAUCUCUGAUUUUCUGUAGGAUAGUGGACUAAAGACAAAAUACCUUAAACUAAUUCGUCGAUAAAUAGCCCCGACUACACCAAAAUCAAAAGAGCACAAGCCUUAACCGAGGGGGAAUAUAGCGUGGCACUCCCCCGUUUCUGUUUCCGUUUCCGUUUCCGUUUCCGUUUCGUUGUUGAUCAAAAGGAAAACCCUUUCCUUCUGCUUUCAAUUCCAAUCCAAAACCCUAAAUACAUAACUAACUACCCCAAAAUUCAGAAUCCCUUCUGUACAUUCCCGUUCUCGCGCUUUCCAUUUUGUUUGUUUAGAAAAUCGGUCUUCUCUAAUAAACCCUAGUUCAUUCUUUGUUGAAUAUAGGUGGUAUCUUCUGGUAAAUUUUUAGUCUAUUCAUCAAUCAUGAGUCCUGUUCAGAAUUUCGAGCAACACUCUCGCCACCUAAUCGAACCAGAACUCCCAAUUCAGGCAAGGCUGCAAAUGGCGAUGGAGGUACGGGACAGUCUGGAGAUUUGCCACACAGGGGAGUAUUUGAAUUUCUUGAAGUGCUAUUUCCGUGCAUUUUCUGCAAUUCUACACCAUAUCACCAAGCCCCAGUUCGCCGAUAACCCAGAGCACAAGCUUAGAAAUAUUGUAGUUGAGAUUCUUAAUCGCUUACCCCACAGUGAGGUUCUUAGGCCCUUUGUUCAGGAGCUUCUCAAAGUAUCAAUGCAUGUACUCACUACAGAUAAUGAGGAAAAUGGUUUAAUUUGCAUUAGGAUUAUUUUUGACUUGCUUAGGAACUUUAGGCCUAGUUUAGAGACUGAGGUUCAGCCUUUUCUGGAUUUUGUCUGCAAGAUUUACCAGAAUUUUAGGGCUACUGUUAGUUACUUUUUCGAAAAUGGGGCCAUGUUGGCACCACCGCCACCACCACCAGCCCCACUGUCUACCUCAGCCAUUUCUGGAUCAUCAUUGAGUGGUGAUGACGUCAAGCCUCUCGAAGUUUCAGAUCAAGUUGGUUCUUUGGGUAGUUUUGUUGGGGCAACAGGGCAGCUUAAUCCGAGUACGAGGUCGUUUAAGGUUGUUACUGAGAGUCCUCUGGUUGUUAUGUUUCUAUUUCAGUUGUAUGGGCGACUAGUCCAGACUAAUAUCCCACAUCUAUUGCCAUUGAUGGUGGCGGCAAUUUCAGUCCCGGGUCCAGAGAAGGUCCCACCUCAUUUGAAGACCCAUUUUAUUGAGCUCAAGGGUGCACAAGUUAAGACAGUGUCUUUCUUAACGUAUCUGCUGAAGAGCUUCGCCGACUAUAUCAAGCAACAUGAAGAAAGCAUAUGCAAAAGCAUUGUGAAUCUGCUUGUCACAUGCUCUGACUCAGUUACAAUUCGAAAAGUUGGUUCCCUCCUCUUGCAUAACAAAUAUAUAUUUUUUCAUUUUCUAUGCACCUGGAAAUUAAUCUAUAGAAGUUGUUUACUCCAGGAACUAUUGGUAGCAUUGAAACAUGUGCUUGGAACAGACUUCAAGAGGGGUUUAUUUCCAUUAAUCGACACACUUUUGGAUGAGAGGGUCCUUGUUGGCACUGGCCGAGCAUGUUUUGAGACAUUGCGGCCUCUCGCUUAUAGUCUUUUGGCAGAGAUUGUUCACCAUGUCAGGGGAGAUCUUUCUUUGUCCCAGUUGUCUCGGAUUAUUUACCUGUUCUCAAGCAACAUGCACGAUGCGACCUUGUCCUUGAGUAUACAUACUACUUGUGCUCGCUUGAUGCUGAAUCUGGUGGAGCCGAUAUUUGAGAAAGGUGUAGAUCAGGCAUCGAUGGAUGAAGCACGUAUUUUAUUGGGCCGAAUAUUGGAUGCUUUUGUGGGGAAAUUUAAUACUUUCAAGCGCACUAUUCCUCAGCUACUGGAAGAGGGAGAAGAAGGAACAGUUCGUACUACAUUGAGGUCAAAACUUGAAGUACCAGUGCAGGCAGUCUUUAAUCUGCCAAUGUCUGUUGAGCAUGCCAAGGAAGUCAGCGAUUGUAAGCAUCUUAUAAAGACCUUAGUAAUGGGAAUGAAGACAAUAAUCUGGAGCAUCACUCACGCACAUAUACCACGAUCACAGGUAUCACCUUCCACACAUGGGAAUCCUCAGCAAGUGCUUGCAUCUACAUCAUCAGGAUCUUCAAUAUCACAACCUUUUAAAGGGAUGAAAGAAGACGAGGUCUGUAAAGCUUCGGGUGUUUUGAAGAGUGGCGUACAUUGCUUAGCAUUGUUUAAGGAGAAGGAUGAAGAGAGGGAAAUGGUUCACCUAUUUUCCAAUAUUUUGUCAAUAAUGGAGCCGCGGGACUUAAUGGACAUGUUUUCACUGUGCAUGCCAGAGCUUUUUGAGAGCAUGAUCUCUAACAGCCAGCUAGUCCACAUCUUUUCUACUCUUCUGCAAGCCCCUAAAGUUUUUCGCCCUUUUGCAGAUGUUUUAGUUAAUUUUCUUGUGAGCAGCAAACUUGAUGUUCUUAAGCAUCCUGAUUCUCCUGCUGCAAAACUUGUUUUGCAUCUCUUCCGCUUUUUAUUCACUGCAGUUGCAAAGGCGCCAUCAGACUGUGAGCGUAUUCUUCAACCACAUGUGCCUGUAAUCAUGGAAACUUGCAUGAAAAAUGCAACUGAGGUUGAGAGACCAAUUGCUUAUUUACAACUUCUUCGUACAAUGUUUCGUGCACUCUCUGGUGGUAAAUUUGAAGUUCUGCUUCGAGACUUGAUUCAUAUGCUGCAACCAUGCCUAAAUAUGCUUUUGGCUGUUCUUGAGGGUCCUACUGGUGAAGAUAUGCGAGAACUUCUGUUAGAGCUUUGUUUGACACUGCCUGCACGAUUAAGCUCACUACUACCUCACCUUCCUCGUCUAAUGAAGCCUCUCGUUAUGUGUCUGAAAGGAAGUGAUGAGCUCAUCAAUCUUGGUUUAAGAACACUUGAAUUUUGGAUUGAUAGCUUGAACCCUGAUUUUCUAGAGCCAAGUAUGGCAAAUGUGAUGUCUGAGGUGAUUUUGGCAUUGUGGUCUCAUUUAAGACCUGCACCGUAUCCUUGGGGUGGAAAAUCAUUACAACUUCUUGGCAAGUUAGGUGGUCGUAAUAGACGUUUUCUCAAAGAGCCGCUAGCUCUUGAAUGCAAGGAAAACCCGGAGCACGGUCUUCGAUUGAUUCUCACAUUUGAGCCUUCUACCCCAUUUUUGGUGCCACUGGAUCGCUGUAUUAAUCUUGCUGUGGCUGCUGUCAUGCAAAAGAGUGGCACUGUGGAUAGCUUCUACCGAAAGCAAGCACUUAAAUUUCUUCGUGUAUGCUUGUCUUCUCAGCUAAAUUUGCCUGGACUUGUUAAUGAUGAUGGAUCAACAUCUAGACAACUGUUAACUUUUCUAGGUUCUUCAGUUGAUCCAUCCAGGAGAAGAUCUGAUGCGUCUGAUAUAAAGGCUGACUUAGGUGUCAAAACAAAGACUCAACUUAUGGCUGAGAAGUUUGUGUUCAAGAUUCUCUUGAUGACAAUAAUAGCCGCAAGUGCGGAACCUGACUUACAUGAACCCAAGGAUGAAUAUGUAAGCCACAUAUGUCGCCAUUUUGCUAUUAUAUUUCAUUUUGAGAGUCCAGCUGCUCAGAGUUCAAUUUCUGCCUCAUCAAUUGGCGGUCCCAUGCUGUCAUCCAAUUCUAAUAUGAGUUCUAAGUUAAGGCAUAAUACUUCUCUAAAAGAGUUGGAUCCUUUGAUUUUUUUGGAUGCUUUGGUAGAAGUACUGGCAGAUGAAAAUAGACUGCAUGCUAAAGCUGCAUUGAAUGCAUUGAAUAUGUUUGCUGAGACGCUUUUGUUCCUUGCUAACUCUAAACAUUCUGACAUGCUGAUGUCGAGAGGAGGUCCUAGUACUCCUAUGAUUGUCUCCAGUCCCUCAAUGAGCCCCGUUUAUUCACCUCCUCCAAGCGUGCGGGUUCCUUGUUUUGAGCAACUUCUGCCCCGACUUUUACAUUGUUGCUAUGGGACUACGUGGCAAGCUCAAAUGGGGGGUGUUAUGGGGCUUGGUGCUCUGAUUGGAAAGGUCACCGUUGACAUUUUAUGUCUUUUUCAAGUAAAUGUUGUUCGGGGACUUGUCUCUGUUCUUAAACGACUUCCCACUUAUGCUACUAAAGAACAGGAAGAAACAAGUCAGGUACUGACACAAGUUCUGCGUGUGGUGAAUAACGUUGAUGAAGCGAAUAGCGAAGCACGUCGGCAAAGUUUUCAUGGUGUUGUCGAGUAUUUGGCUUCAGAAUUAUUUAAUGCCAACUCUUCUGUAAAUGUGAGAAAGAUUGUGCAAUCUUGUUUGGCACUCUUGGCAAGUAGAACUGGGAGUGAGGUUUCUGAGUUACUCGAACCUUUGCACCAGCCUUUGCUACAGCCUCUUAUUAUGCGCCCACUGCGGUCUAAGACUGUUGAUCAACAGGUGGGAACGGUAACUGCAUUGAAUUUCUGCCUAGCUUUGAGGCCUCCGCUUCUUAAAUUAACACCAGAGCUCAUAAUUUUUUUGCAAGAAGCUUUGCAAAUAGCAGAGGCCGACGAAACUGUGUGGGUCGCGAAAUUUAUGAAUCCGAAAGUUGCCACAUCUUUGAAUAAACUCAGAACUGCUUGCAUUGAACUCUUGUGUACUGCCAUGGCAUGGGCAGACUUUAAAACUCAAAAUCACUCUGACCUGCGAGCAAAAAUAAUUUCCAUGUUCUUCAAGUCCUUGACAAGCAGGAGUCCCGAAAUUGUAGCUGUGGCUAAGGAAGGGCUACGCCAGGUUAUUCUACAACAAAGGAUGCCAAAAGAACUCCUGCAAAGCAGCUUGAGGCCUAUAUUAGUUAAUUUAGCACAUACCAAAAAUCUCAGCAUGCCACUUUUGCAAGGUCUUGCUCGGCUGCUCGAACUUCUAUCGAAUUGGUUCAAUGUUACCUUAGGUGGUAAAUUAUUGGAGCAUCUUAAGAAAUGGUUGGAACCUGACAAACUUGCGUUGUGUCAGAAAUCCUGGAAGGCUGGUGAGGAACCUAAAAUAGCUGCUGCUAUCAUUGAGCUGUUCCAUUUGCUUCCUUCUGCUGCUGGAAAGUUUCUUGAUGACCUUGUGACUUUAACUAUUGAUUUGGAAGCUGCCCUUCCACCUGGUCAAUUUUAUAGUGAGAUCAACAGUCCAUACCGCUUGCCACUUACUAAAUUCCUCAAUCGUUAUCCUACUGCUGCAGUUGAUUAUUUUCUUUCUCGAUUAUGCCAACCCAAGUAUUUCAGGAGGUUUAUGUAUAUAAUACAAUCAGAUGCUGGCCAACCAUUAAGGGAAGAAGUUGCAAAGUCUCCAGAAAAGAUAAUAGCUAGUGCAUUUCCUGAAUUUUUGCCUAAAACCGAGGCGACUCAGGGAUCCUCCAUUCCUUCCAGUUCUUCAAUGGGUGAUGAUACUCUUGUUACACCUAAAUCUGAAGAUUCUGUUCAAUUGGUAACCACCUCUAGUGCAACAUCAGAAGCUUAUUUUCAGGGUCUUGCUCUGGUUAAAACUCUUGUUAAAUUGAUGCCUGGCUGGUUGCAAAGCAACCGUGUCGUCUUUGAUACUCUGGUUUUGUUGUGGAAGUCCCCAGCUAGAAUAUCCCGAUUGCAAAAUGAGCAGGAAUUGAACUUAAUGCAAGUUAAAGAAAGCAAGUGGCUAGUCAAAUGUUUCUUGAACUACCUGCGUCAUGACAAGAUGGAGGUUAAUGUGUUGUUCGAUAUUCUUGCCAUCUUCCUGUAUCGGACUCGCAUAGACUUUACUUUCUUAAAGGAGUUCUAUAUUAUUGAGGUGGCUGAGGGCUACCCUCCCAACUUGAAGAAAACUUUGCUACUUCAUUUUCUGAACCUUUUUCAGCUAAAACAAUUGAGCCAUGAUCAUAUGGUAAUUGUAAUGCAAAUGCUCAUUCUUCCUAUGUUAGCUCAUGCUUUUCAGAAUGGACAAACUUGGGAGGUCAUUGAUGCGACUACAAUCAAGAUAAUUGUUGACAAACUGCUCGAUCCUCCAGAAGAGAUAUCUCUGGAUUAUGAUGAGCCUCUGAGGAUUGAGCUUCUGCAGCUUGCCACUCUACUUCUUAAGUAUCUUCAAAAUGACCUUGUCCAUCAUCGGAAGGAGCUUAUAAAAUUUGGUUGGAAUCAUCUCAAGCGUGAAGACAGUGCUAGUAAGCAGUGGGCAUUUGUAAAUGUUUGUCACUUUUUGGAGGCAUACCAAGCUCCAGAAAAAAUUAUACUACAGGUGCUUAGACAGGUAUUUGUUGCACUUUUGAGAACUUGCCAGCCAGAGAAUAAAAUUUUGGUCAAACAAGCUCUCGACAUACUCAUGCCAGCACUUCCGAGAAGAUUGCCACUUGGGGAUUCACGUAUGCCUAUAUGGAUACGUUACACUAAGAAAAUCUUAGUUGAGGAAGGUCACUCAAUUCCUAAUCUUAUUCACAUAUUCCAGCUCAUUGUCCGCCACUCAGAUCUUUUCUACAGCUGUAGGGCACAAUUUGUCCCUCAGAUGGUGAAUUCUCUCAGUCGCCUUGGGCUACCAUAUAAUACUACUGCAGAAAAUAGGCGCCUUGCUAUUGAACUUGCUGGAUUGGUUGUCAAUUGGGAAAAACAAAGACAAAAUGACCUGAAGAAGGGGGCUAAUAAUGAUGGCACCAGUCAGAGUACUGAUGUACUGAAUCUUACUUCUGCUGCAGGGGAUCCUAAUAAGCUUUCUGUUGAUGUAACUACAUUUUCUGAUGAUUCAACCAAGAGAAUAAAGGUUGAACCUGGUCUGCAAUCUUUGUGUGUCAUGUCUCCUGGAAGUGCCUCUUCAAUUCCCAACAUUGAAACUCCUGGAUCUGCUGCACAACCCGAUGAAGAGUUCAAGCCUAAUGCAGCAAUGGAGGAGAUGAUCAUCAAUUUUCUUAUAAGAGUUGCCCUAGUAAUAGAACCUAAAGAUAAGGAGGCAAGUCUUAUGUACAAGCAAGCUUUAGAUCUUCUAUCUCAAGCGUUGGAAGUGUGGCCUAAUGCUAAUGUCAAAUUCAAUUAUUUGGAGAAGCUGCUCAGCAGUACUCCAUCAUCUCAAUCAAAAGACCCAUCUACUGCCUUAUCCCAGGGCCUGGAUGUGAUGAACAAGGUUCUGGAAAAGCAACCACAUCUGUUUGUGAGAAAUAAUAUCAACCAGAUUUCCCAAAUUCUGGAACCAUGUUUCAAAUUCAAGAUGCUUGAUGCUGGAAAUUCUUUGUGCUCCCUGUUGAUGAUGGUUUCUGCUGCAUUUCCUCCGGAAGCAGUGAACACACCACAAGAAGUAAAGAUGGUGUAUCAAAAAAUGGAGGAGCUUGUGCAAAAGCACCUUGCAGUGGUUGCUGCCCCUCAGACUGCAGGAGAAGAUAACUCUGCUAGCAUGAUUAGCUUUGUGCUUUAUGUCAUCAAAUCCUUGGCGGAGGUUCACAAAAACCUUAUCGACCCUUUCAAUGUGGUCCGCGUCCUUCAGCGUCUUGCACGGGAUAUGGGAUUAUCUAAUGCUUCUUAUACAAGACAAGGUCAGAGAUCGGAUGCAGAUUCUGCAGUCACUUCCUCUCGUCAAGGUGCUGAUGUUGGAGUUGUCAUUGCCAACUUAAAAUCUGUUUUGAAACUUAUCAGUGAAAGAGUCAUGAGUGUACCUGAUUGCAAAAGAUCUGUGACUCAAAUCCUGAACUCCUUGCUAUCUGAGAAGGGAACCGAUCCUUCUGUCCUUCUCUGCAUUCUUGAUCUAAUAAAGGGUUGGGUUGAAGAUGAUUUUGGUAAAGCUGGAACACCUGUUGCAUCUAGUACAUCAUCUAUUACUUCUAAGGAGGUUGUUUCUUUGCUCCAGAAGCUUUCACAAGUCGAUAAGCAGAACUUUUCCGUUAGCACGGCAGAAGAGUGGGAUCGGAAGUAUCUUGAAUUUCUUUACGGACUUUGUGCUGACUCUAAUAAAUAUCCUCUUCCGCUACGUCAAGAAGUGUUUCAGAAAGUAGAGAGACAGUAUUUACUGGGUUUACGGGCUAAAGAUCCUGAAGUGCGGAUGAAAUUUUUUGUUCUUUAUCAUGAAUCACUGGGGAAAACCUUGUUUACAAGGCUGCAGUAUAUUAUUCAAAUUCAGGAUUGGGAGGCCUUGAGUGAUGUUUUCUGGCUUAAGCAAGGCCUUGAUCUCCUUUUGGCUAUACUAGUUGAGGACAAACCUAUUACACUGGCUCCAAACUCAGCAAAGAUCCCCCCCGUUUUGGUAUCAGGUGCAACUUCUGACUGUACUGGUGUGCAGCCAAUGGCUACUGAUAUUCCGGAAGACUCUGAGGAAGUACCUCUCACACUUGAUAGCCUUGUAUUGAAGCACACUCAUUUUCUUAAUGAUAUGAGCAAACUAAAGGUUGCUGAUCUUAUUAUCCCAUUGAGAGAGCUGGCACAUACGGAUGCUAAUGUUGCAUACCAUCUGUGGGUUUUGGUGUUUCCCAUUGUUUGGGUAACCUUGCAUAAGGAAGAACAGAUGGCACUAGCCAAACCAAUGAUAGCUCUCUUGUCAAAAGAUUAUCAUAAAAAGCAGCAAACACAUCGACCAAAUGUUGUGCAAGCCCUUUUAGAAGGGCUUCAACUGAGUCACCCACAGCCACGGAUGCCCAGUGAACUAAUCAAAUUCAUUGGAAAGACUUACAAUGCGUGGCACAUUGCAUUAGGACUCCUUGAAAGUCAUGUAAUGUUGUUUCUGCAUGACACAAAGUGUUCUGAGUCUCUGGCUGAGCUUUACCGCUUACUCAACGAGGAAGAUAUGAGGUGUGGUUUGUGGAUGAAACGGUCAAUUACUGCAGAAACUAGGUCAGGUCUUUCACUUGUUCAGCAUGGCUAUUGGCAAAGGGCCCAAAGCCUUUUCUAUCAGGCCAUGAUUAAGGCAACUCAAGGCACUUACAACAAUACUGUACCGAAAGCUGAGAUGUGCCUUUGGGAAGAGCAGUGGCUCCAUUGUGCUAGUCAGCUUAGUCAGUGGGAAGCUCUUUCUGAUUUUGGAAAGCUUGUUGAGAAUUACGAGAUACUACUCGAUAGUCUCUGGAAACAGCCAGAUUGGGCAUAUUUAAAAGAUCAAGUUAUUCCAAAGGCCCAACUAGAAGAAACUCCAAAACUUCGUAUUAUACAGGCAUAUUUUGCACUUCAUGAAAAGAAUACCAAUGGGGUGCCAGAGGCUGAAAAUAUAGUGGGAAAAGGUGUUGAUCUAGCUUUGGAACAGUGGUGGCAACUGCCUGAAAUGUCCAUUCAUGCCAGAAUACCUCUUCUGCAGCAGUUUCAGCAACUAGUUGAAGUUCAAGAAUCAGCUAGGAUUAUAGUGGAUAUUUCAAAUGGAAACAAACUGUCUGGAAAUUCUACUGUUGGUGGUCAUGGUGGCUUAUAUGCAGAUCUCAAGGAUAUUCUUGAGACAUGGAGAUUGAGAACACCAAAUGAAUGGGACAAUACGUCUGUUUGGUAUGAUUUGCUUCAGUGGAGGAAUGAAAUGUAUAAUGCGGUUAUAGAUGCAUUUAAGGAUUUUGGUAAUACAAAUUCACAACUGCAUCAUCUUGGUUUCCGCGACAAGGCAUGGAAUGUCAAUAAGCUUGCCCACAUUGCUCGUAAGCAUGGCUUAUCUGAUGUUUGUGUUUCUAUACUUGAGAAGAUGUAUGGUCACUCCACAAUGGAAGUUCAGGAGGCUUUUGUUAAAAUAAGAGAACAAGCAAAAGCAUACUUGGAAAUGAAGGGGGAGCUGACGAGUGGUCUUAAUUUGAUUAAUAGUACUAAUCUGGAAUAUUUUCCUGUUAAACACAAGGCUGAAAUUUUUCGUCUUAAAGGUGAUUUUCUGUUGAAACUUAGUGACUGUGAAGGUGCCAACCUUGCAUAUUCAAAUGCUAUUACCCUCUUCAAGAACUUGCCUAAGGGAUGGAUUAGUUGGGGAAAUUAUUGUGACAUGGCCUAUAAGGAAACACAUGAAGAGGUCUGGUUAGAAUAUGCAGUGAGCUGCUUCCUCCAUGGCAUCAAAUUCGGUAUUCCGAAUUCGAGAAGCCACCUAGCUCGUGUUCUAUAUCUUCUUAGCUUUGAUACUUCCAGUGAAUCUGUGGGAAGGGCAUUUGAUAAGUACUUGGACCAAAUACCUCAUUGGGUUUGGCUUUCUUGGAUUCCUCAGUUAUUGUUAUCUUUACAAAGGACUGAAGCUUCUCACUGCAAACUUGUUUUACUUAAAGUUGCAACUGUAUAUCCUCAGGCAUUGUAUUACUGGCUUCGCACAUAUUUGCUCGAGCGCCGUGAUGUUGCUAAUAAGUCUGAGUACGGUAGAAUUGCAAUGGCUCAACAAAGAAUGCAGCAAAACACUUCUGGUGUUGGUGCAUCUGGAUCUAUUAGCUUGGCUGAGGGAAGUACAAGAGUUUCUGUUCACGGCGGGGGCGCUUUGGUCUCAGAGAAUCAACUUCAUCAAGGAACUCAAUCUGCUGGAGGUCUUGGGUCACAUGAUGGAAGUAGCUCUCAAGUGCAAGAAACUGAAAGGUCAGGUGCUGCUGAAAGUAACAUGCCUUCUGGGAACGACCAAUCAAUGCAGUUAAAUUCAUCCAACAAUGAAGCUGCACUGAGGCGAAACAGUGCAAUGGGAUUGGUUGCCUCUGCUGCCAGUGCUUUUGAUGCUGCAAAAGACAUAAUGGAGACUCUUAGAAGCAAGCACACCAAUCUUGCUAGUGAACUUGAGAUCCUACUUACUGAAAUUGGCUCGAGGUUCGUCACAUUGCCUGAGGAGAGACUGCUGGCUGUAGUGAAUGCUUUGCUUCAUCGUUGUUACAAGUACCCAACUGCAACUACAGCAGAAGUUCCACAAUCUCUCAAGAAAGAGCUUUCUGGUGUUUGCAGAGCUUGCUUUUCAGCAGAUGCUGUGAACAAGCAUGUUGAUUUUGUGAGAGAAUACAAGCAGGAUUUUGAGCGUGACCUUGAUCCAGAAAGUACUGCAACAUUUCCAGCCACCCUUGCCGAUCUAACUGAAAGAUUGAAGCACUGGAAGAACAUUCUCCAGAGUAAUGUUGAAGAUCGGUUCCCAGCUGUUUUGAAGUUGGAGGAUGAAAGUAGGGUGUUGCGAGACUUCUAUGUUGUUGAUGUGGAGGUUCCAGGGCAAUAUUUUGCUGAUCAGGAAGUUGCACCGGAUCAUACAGUGAAGUUGGACAGGGUUGGAGCUGACAUUCCUAUCGUAAGAAGGCAUGGUAGCAGUUUCCGGCGUUUGACUCUGAUUGGCUCUGAUGGCUCUCAGCGCCAUUUUAUAGUUCAGACAUCCUUAACUCCAAAUGCUAGAAGUGAUGAAAGAAUUUUGCAACUCUUCCGUGUCAUGAACAGAAUGUUUGAUAAGCACAAGGAAUCCAGGCGUCGACACAUCUGUAUUCACACCCCAAUUAUUAUUCCUGUGUGGUCCCAGGUCCGUAUGGUUGAAGAUGAUUUGAUGUAUAGCACCUUCCUUGAGGUAUAUGAGAACCAUUGUGCGAGAAAUGACCGAGAGGCAGAUUUGCCAAUUACUUAUUUCAAAGAGCAACUGAACCAAGCCAUAUGUGGGCAGAUAUCACCAGAAGCUGUGGUAGAUCUUCGCCUGCAAGCUUAUAAUGAUAUAACAAAAAAUAUUGUGACAGAGACCAUAUUCUCGCAAUUCAUGUAUAAAACUUUGUUAAAUGGGAAUCAUACGUGGGCAUUCAAGAAACAAUUUGCAGUACAGUUAGCUCUCUCAAGCUUUAUGUCGUUCAUGCUGCAAAUAGGAGGAAGGUCCCCAAACAAGAUUUUGUUUGCCAAAAAUACAGGAAAAAUAUUUCAGACAGAUUUCCAUCCAUCAUACGAUGCUAAUGGAAUGAUAGAGUUUAAUGAACCAGUGCCAUUCAGAUUGACAAGGAAUCUGCAGGCGUUUUUCUCUCAUUUUGGUGUUGAAGGCCUUAUAGUCUCUGCAAUGUGUGCAGCUUCACAGGCCGUGGUUUCACCCAAACAAAGUCAGCAUUUAUGGCAUCACCUGGCUAUGUUUUUCCGUGAUGAGUUGAUAUCUUGGUCUUGGAGAAGACCUCUUGGGAUGCCUCUUGCUCCUGUUGGAGGAGGUAGUUUGAAUAAUGUUGACCUCAAGCAGAAAGUCACUACAAAUGUCGAGCAUGUCAUUACUCGUAUCAAUGGCAUAGCACCACAAUACAUCUCUGAAGAGGAGGAAAAUGGUGUGGAUCCACCACAAUCAGUGCAGAGGGGUGUUGCAGAGUUGGUUGACGCUGCCCUCACUCCCAGAAAUUUAUGCAUGAUGGAUCCCACGUGGCAUCCUUGGUUUUAAUUAUUAUUAUUAUUCUUCUUCUGUAUAGUCAGUCCAUUUAGUUUGUGGGGUUAUCUUUUUCGUAGAUAGUAGUGAAUUGUGGAUCUAACUUCUGACUUGAGGAACUUGAAUGCUCUCUCUUUCUCUCUCUAGGAAUAUGAAUGCUAAUCUUUGUAAAUACAUUUAAGUUAUAAUAUAUCAAUUUUUUCUUGCCUUU